AUGAGUGCAUCAAUUGUAUUCCUGAAUGUUAAUAGAGAAGUUGAUGAAUAUUACUGGCAUAGACUUGCCGAACAUGAGGCUUCAGAAAAUCAGAAAAGAAAAUACCAACAUGGGGUAGGUGUGUGUACAGUAUUUCUUCUCGAUACAUCCGCAAGUAUGGCAGGGGGAGGAUUUCAACAAAUGAGGAAGGCUUUCUUGGACAUAUUAAAUGAAUUCAUUGUUCAUCCACACCUCGACGAAAAUGUUGCCGUCAUUAUGUUUGGUGAAGAAGUCAAAUUCUUACAUUAUUAUUCAAACAACUAUGGAUCCAUUAGAGAUUGUCUUAAUCACAUAGAAUGUAGAGGGAGCUCGCCCAUGGAAGCAGGCAUUCUUCUUUCUUUGUCCUGCAUACAAUACGGUGGAGGUCACAAUGCCGUUUUUAAUCAUCAUAUAAGUGUACGACCAAGAUUGGUUAUAAUUUCCGACGGUCGGCCAACUACAUCCAGUGAUAUAGGUAGUCCAGAACUGGAAAAUUUUAGUAAAGAAUCGGGUUUUGACGGCGAUUUCUUAAAGUCAUUGGUGGAAGUAUCUAAAGCAGGCAGACUUAUUUUCUAUGAAGAUGCAAAACAGUGUGGAAGGUUUGCUCUAAACAUGAGAAUUGCGUGCUGCAUUGCAGAAAAAGGAAUGUCAUUUAACUUAACCCGGGAAGAAAUAAAAACCAUCGCCAAAAUGUCCUCUUUACAUGACGUGUCUACUAAAGAUCUGGAGGAUGUAUGUGAUAUAAUAAACGAGAUAGGUGCAUACAAACCAAUUACUGCUGAAGACCUAGAAGAAGAUUUGUUCACUGAGCGAUAUGAAAAUCUUCCUUGCAUUGGUACAAGAGUAAAGCGUGGACCUCAUUGGACCUACAAAAAUCAGGACUGUCACGGUCCUGGUACAGUGAUUGGACAUUCUGAACGAGUUGGAUGGGUAAACGUAGAAUGGGAUAGUGGUGUAAGAUUGAGCUAUCAAUAUGGAUUUGAUGGCUUUGUUGAAAAAUACGACAUCGCUUCAUGCCAAGAACCAAGGAUUCUAGAAAAUGAGAUGAUUGCCGUGGGUUGUUGUGUUACCAGAGGUCCUGACUGGAAAUGGGGAGAUCAGGAUGGUGGGGAGGGGAAUGUUGGAACGGUGUAUAGAGUUAGAAAGGAUGCUGUUGUCCUUGUAAAAUGGCCAAACGGUAAUCGUAGUAACUAUAGAUUCGGGUACGACAGCAAAUACGACAUUACUUUGUGUGAUCCAUUUGAUCCGCUGGUGAUUCAGUCAUUAGAUUAUCAACACAGAUCAAACUUCUCUGGAAAUUCCAGAAAGGAGGAACAUAAAUCUUGA